CACCAAGCGCAGAUUGAACUCCGUCUCAGGUUGUACAUUCCUCAGCUUGACACAGCCAUAUAUUUAGGUAAGGAAGUACGAUUGUAGGUGGUAGGUAUUUUCAUAAUUUUCCUCACGCUUGCUUGUACAUUGAUACAAAUUUCAUUGUUACUCAUACCCUUACACAAUGUCUGGCGCGCUUGUUCGAGCAGGCGCACGUAAUGGCGAGAUAACAGGACAGACAUCAGCUCUUGCACCCUCAUACCUCCAAGCUAAUCUUAUCGUUCUACCUUCGUGCUACGCUGAUGACUUCGAGCAACUCUGCAAAAGAAAUCCGGUACCAUGCCCUCUCAUCGCCAAAUCCGCCAGCAUAGGAUCAUACAAUACCCUCGACUCAUGGAUUGAGGGAGUGGCAGGUGAAGACUUGGCUGCGGAUGUCGAUAUUCGAAUCGACAUUCCAAAAUACAUGGUCUACGAAAACGGCGAGCUUUUGCACGAUCAUGUUGAUGAUAUAAAGGCACACUGGACAGAGGAUCACGUAGCAUUCUUAAUUGGAUGCUCCUACAGUUUCGAAGGAGCUCUCAUAGACGGCGGACUAAUGCCUCAACAUAUCCGACAGCGUCGAAAUGUGCCGAUGUACAAGACUAAUAUAAUGCUCUGCCCGGCUGGAGUUUUGAUCAGGGUACAUAUGUGGUAUCUAUGCGACCCUAUAAGAAGGAUGAUAUCGAGAAAGUUAGGAACAUAACAAGACCGUAUCUGGCCACUCAUGGAGAACCGAUUGCCUGGGGAUGGGAUGCUGUCGAGAAAUUAGGAAUUCAGGACAUUGCUAAACCAGACUGGGGCGAUAUCUCCAUGGAUGACGAUGGGUACCCUCUGGUGUUGGUGGGAGGACGUGAAGAUGAAAUUGUUCCUGUAUUUUGGGGAUGUGGUGUCACUCCGCAGCACGCUGUCGUGAGCGCUGGCUUGGAGGGAAUUGUUAUGGGUCAUGCACCGGGACACAUGCUGGUUCUGGAUUGUCGAGAUGGUGAUCUUGUUAAGAAGUGAAAUGAACCGUAUACUGAAGUCAUCUGCCUGUCCUCAUAGCACUCUCCAAUUCUAAUUCAUAUUUAAUAAUCACUUGAUCCUUUAGGCUUACCUAUAUU